UAGGCACAUACGUAUACACAUAUCGACUUUGAGGGAAACGAAAAAUGAAAAGAAUUGACAUAGAAAAGGGGACACAUAACCUCAAAAUCAAUAUGUACUUUAUAAUUGGGUUGGUAUUAUUAAUGGAAAAACAUAGAUUUGCAAAUGCAAUGGUUGAUGGAGAAGAUCCAGGUGUGAUUGAAAGAGUGCAGAAAUUGCCUGAAUGUAAGAACAAGAAACCACCUUCCUAUGCAUGUAGAAAACAAAUUCUUAAGCUUGUUCAACAAGAUGGGAAGACAAUUAGUACAACAGUCCCCUCACCUGAAUGUUGCUCACAGCUUCGAACAUGGGGAAGCGAUUGCUACAACAUAUGGAUAGGUUUUGACAAUGCAAUUGAUUACAUGGUUUUUGGAAGUUCUGAUGAGGUUUGGAUUAACAGUUAUGACAUGUGGGUUGCCUGCAAAUAACAAAUACUAGCUACUCCCUCCGUCCCGGAAUUAUCUUCAUUCUUUCCUUUUCGAUCCGUCCCAAAUUUAUCUCCUUUUUCCCUUUUUGGCAAAGAAUUUGUGGUUCACAACCAUUCUUACACAUUCCUCUUUCCUCUGCACAACUCUCCACCACACAUUUCUCACUAUCUUAAAACCCGUGCCAAGUCAAGUAAGGAGAUAAUUCCGGGACGGAGAUAGUAGUAUUUACGAACAAUUGUUAUUAAUUGUUUGAUGAGUUACUUUAAUUUAUACUCGUACGAAUAAUUAAAAUUUGAUGAACUACCGCUUAAAUUGUUAUUCACUUCCGUAGUUCAAUUCACUGGUUCAAAACUCAUACUACGUUCAAUUAUGUAUACCUAUAUGAGACUUCCUCC